AUGCGACUCUUCACGAUACAGCGGCCGAUAUUGGCUGCUGUGGCUGCGCUUUCAAGGCCAACAAUUGCAAACAGCGCUGUUGCUCCUCUCGGAGCGCAAUUGGCCAAUGUCCUGGCCGAGGGUCGAAGAAAUGCUUCGGUGAAGGCGCAGGGAGCCUACAGGAAGAAGAGCAAGAGGGGAAUUCCUAACAAACUUGGUGCCAAGCGGACUGGAGAUCAAUUCGUUAUUCCGGGCAAUAUUCUUUACAAGCAGCGCGGAACACACUGGUGGCCAGGCGAGAAUUGCAUCAUGGGCCGCGAUCACACCAUUCACUCCAUGGCGACGGGCUACGUCAAAUACUACCGCGACCCGGCGAAGCACCCCGACAGGAAAUACAUUGGCGUCGUCUUCAACAAGGAGGACACGCUGCCGUACCCGCAGCACGCCGAGCGUAAGCGCAAGCUCAACAAGACGGCGCACACGAUCCGGACCGAGGCUGCGAAGCCGGAGCUGUCGCCGUCGGGAAUCCCCUUUGAGGUCACGCGAGUGGAGGCCGGCGAGCCGGACAGGCUGCUGAGGCUGAGGGCGAAUUACAGCUACCGCGAGGACAACUGGCGCAUUGGACGGCUGGUGAAGACGACGGGGUUGAAGACGACGAGGUUCCGGACGAGGAAGCAGUGGUUCCGGCAUAGACGGUGGAGGAGGGAGCGGGAGAUUUCGGGGCAGAAGGAGGCGGAGAGGAAGAGGGCUGAGAGCGGGGGGGAGAAGGUUGUCAAGGCGAUUAGCAAGAAGGCGGCGAAGAAGGCGGCGAAGCAGGCUGGUAAGAAGGCGAAAUAA